AUGUCUGAGGCUAAGAUGGAAUACGUCAACCUGGGCAAGUCUGGCCUCAAGGUGUCCAAGGUCAUCUUGGGAUGCAUGAGCUAUGGCUCCGACAAAUGGCAAGACUGGAUCUUGAACGAGGACGAGUCUCUCCCGCUGUUGAAAUAUGCCUACGACAGGGGCAUCAACACCUGGGACACCGCCGACAUCUACUCGCACGGCGAAUCCGAGCGCAUCAUCGCCAAAGCCCUCAGCACCUACUCGAUCCCCCGCUCCUCCGUCGUCCUCCUCUCCAAAUGCUACUUCGGCGUGCAACCGGACCCCUCGAUCCCCAUCUCCGCCUCCAACAUCAACAACGGCGCCAUGGUCAACCAAGUCGGGCUCUCCCGCAAGCACAUCUUCGACGCGGUCGAAGCCUCGGUCGCCCGCCUGGGCACCUACAUCGACGUCCUCCAGAUCCACCGUCUCGAUCGCGACACGCCGCGAGAAGAGAUCAUGAAGGCGCUGAACGACGUGGUCGAGAAGGGGUGGGUGCGGUACAUUGGCGCGAGUUCGAUGGCUGCGUGGGAGUUCCAGACGUUGCAGAACAUUGCGGAGAAGAGGGGGUGGCAUAAGUUUAUCAGCAUGCAGAAUUAUUAUAAUUUGCUGUACAGGGAGGAGGAGAGGGAGAUGAUACCAUACUGCAACGACACAGGCGUCGGCCUCAUCCCCUGGUCGCCCAUCGCGCGCGGCGCCCUCACGCGCCCCUGGUCCGAACGCAGCACCAAGCGGUCGACGACGGACAAGGUGCUCGAGAGCAUGACGCUGUCGCGCGACGACGCGACGGACAAGGCCAUCAUCUCGCGGGUCGAGGAGGUCGCGAAGAAGCGCGGGGUCAGCAUGGCGUGUGUGGCUACCGCGUGGUGCGUGGGGAAAGGGGUGGCGCCGAUUAUUGGGCUCGGGAGUAAGGCGCGGAUCGAUGAGGCGGUGGGGAAUAGUAAGUAUGUGCUGGAGGAGGAGGAUGUGAAGUAUCUUGAGGAGCUGUAUUUGCCCAGGGGGAGGGUGGGGUAUUAG